CCCUGCCACGCUCAGUCCGACCCGGACGUUCGAGGGAGACGCGUCCUGUCUUCCGUAGUACGUACGUGUCAUAUCGGUACGCACGUUGUCGCCGUUGAUAGCGUAACACACAGAACCAGUCUCGAUCUGUCGCAAAUAACACACAGGACAGGAUCGUCGGUUGGAGGCAAUACUCGAUCGUACGAUUUACGGAUACAAGAGAGAGAGAGAGAGAGAGAGAGUGGUGUUAUAUACUGGCUACUCUCGGACUGUGGGACUGGUACGGUGACCGCGUCGCACGAGGUUCGCAAAGAAGGGUGAGAGGGAAGAAGGGAGAGAGAGAGAGAGUGAGGAUUCAGGAGAGCGGGGAGAAGAGGGAGAGAACGCGAAGAAAAAGCUCUCUCUCGCUCUUUCUCUCUCUCUAUCUCGACUGCCUCGCCGGCUUUCCACGGCCACGAAUCGAUAACACGCGACCGUCGCCGCGUCGGUCGUUCCUCUCUCUCGACCUCUUCUCGACGCUCGCUACACUCGUGCACGACCACUCGCCGCGACGAUUUUUCCCAUCGAAUAAGCGCUUAACUCGUGCCCUUUCUCACUCGCCGUUGUCGUCGUCGUUGUUGUUGUUUGUCGUUCUAUUGCUUUUCCCCAUACCACACCAUUGGGACGAAAGAAUUCGCGAAGAGCUGUGUGCGGUCGUGUUGCGCCACUUUUGACGGUCGCGUGCCGCGCAACGUGAUCGAUACGAUCGAUGUAAGCAGUCGACGACGAAACGGAGCGGCGCGAGAUCGAGAGUCGAAGCGAUACUUUAGCGGCAGGUCGAGGAAACCCGCCAAAAUAUCAGCAACGAUCUGGCUCGUUUGGACUACGGUUUCCAGUCGUCAACAAGGAAUAAGAAAACACGUCAAAAAGUGAUUCGUGUUCGACAGUGCUGGGUAAACGGAGGUAAAAGGCAAACGAGAGCGAAAGGAACGUUGUUGAUCGGCCGCCAUACGCUCACAGUGUUUUGUUUAUUCGUGGAAGAGAAUCGGUCACUGGAUUCCCAUUGUGCGUAUCUCUGUGUGCCACGUGACGAUCAACGUUUGUUUAUUUUGGUGCUUUUUGUCGCCGUUCACCUUGUUUGGCUAUUCCACCCUGGGCCUUCUAUACCAGAUUCAUUUCUACUCCCUGGAAUCAUCAACAAGGUUAUCUGGCUCGCGGAUGUUCGUCGAUAUCGCGCGUGUCGAUCCUCGAAAAUGUAGUUACGGCAUCCGGCACGAGGGACACCAGAGUGCGUGUUGCGAGAAAGAGAGAGAGAGCGAGAUACAGCACGGAUCGCCGCAGUGCAAAUCGGUGUAUCGUGAGACAGGGAGGCUGUGAUGAGGGAAGCCGGUUAAAGGACCCUGUGUCGCGCAGGCGCCGGUAGGAGUACAGGAAAGAUGCUGCCUUCCUCGAGAGCUUUAUUAAGCCCGCUGCUGCUUCUAAUCAUCGCUGGAAGCACCGGUGCCUUCAGCUCCCGACAAGGAGGUGGACAUUCACAUCGAGUAACAAUUACUUGGAAAUGCACGUUUCCACUGAAAUGGGAAGGUACCUGGUUUCAAAGCGGAGUCAGACAGCCGAUCGUGAUCUCCAGGAACGAAUUGUCCAGCAAGGGUAGGUGCCUGCACAACGAGGGCGACAAGUUUCUCCUAGUUGAUCAAAAAUCCUGCUACCGUUGCGUCGUCAUUCACGAGAAGCACUCGAACGUUCUCCAGUACAAAGAAACUUACUGUCACAGCAGAAAUUCAUUGUCAUCACUGUGCUCGUACAUCACGGGAGAUGCCCUGCUCUAUUCGAUGUUCCGGGAGGAGGCUACACCUGUGCCGUGUCCUUUUCGAGGCCCCAUGACCUUCUCCUAUAACCGCGGUCACGGAACUUGCUCGGUACCCGUCAGCAACGUCGACACCUGCACCGACGAUAGUAGAUUGUUGUUCAGAUACCAGGCGUGUCCCGAUAUAUCCGCUUCCGAGAGCGCAGUGGAGGAACUGGAAUGCCUGGCCACCUGGAAGGAGGGCAGCAGCCGUUACCUGGUGGGCCGUUUACAUCACGGACACGCGUCCAGUAACGAAGAUCGAUACCGAUGCUUCGUCUACGAGAAGGCCGGCCAGACAGUGCAGAGUAAUCUACACAGAGCUGCCAUGGGCAUAGGAGCCAUGGAUCACGAUGUCGGUUUACAGAGUGGACCGGUGCCGGAGGGUGCGGCCGAGAUCUACCGGGUGGCACAGAGCGGUGACGCCACUUGCAACGGUCUGUUCAGCCCUAUGGAAGGAUCUCGAACCAUGACGCUGAUGAAAGUCUCGCCACCCGGCCAGUGCCGAUUUCCCAAUUGGUUAACCGGCCACUCUAGCGGCGGACUGACCUGGCACACCCUCGACCUGACCAGAUCUUACACGUUCCAUCCUCGGAACGCUUCCCUGCACGUAACCAGAUCGAAUAGCAGUUCCUCGAGAUUCGAAAACGGUCCCCUAGACGGACAGUACGUUCCAGGUCAAGAAGAUCAGGACGUAAAGAUCUUAUGCAACAGCAUCAAACAGUCUAGCGCUGCUCAAGCGAUGACGAUGACUAUGUUGGUCGCGCAUUUCACCGUCGGUUGUCGGAGCGGUUUCAUGUGCAUGACGUUCUACCGAAGGGACGGUCACGUGAUAGAAGUGCAAACCGGAAGCGCCGUUUCAAGGCCGGAAGAAGCUUGCAGCACGCCCCAUUUUCAACAGCACAACAUACCCUUCCUCACCUUAGUCACCAGUUCCCCGGAGCCACGUACGUGCCCGUACUUGGGCAAAUUUACGGUGACGGGGGUGAACCGGAACCAACGGAACAUCCGUGAAAGCCGGAGGAACCAACACCAGGAGGGCGCCAGGCGUGACAGAGAAAAAGUUCGACACGCCCAGGAACGAACCCAGGAAGAUCGACGCGGCCGGAAGCUCGACUUCGACGUGGAGAAACGAAGGGCGAACAACGAAUACCUCGUCCAUGAGCGAAUGGGCAGACGGGCCAGAUCGAAUCGCAACAACAGAAACCAUCACGAUCACAGCCUCGAGGAGGUGUCGUCCAAGCGAACUUUGGAUAUCGAGGACCUGCUGCGCGACCGUUCUAGAUCCAAGAUCAGAAGAUCGGAGGAUCAGCGAUCGACCGAAAGCGUAUCGAGGUCGAAACUCAGAAGAACGCACGAUCUUGCCAAACGUUCAAUUAGUAUCCAGCGAACGAGCAAUAGAUCAAGAAGAAGCCCAAAGAUGGAGGACUUGCGGGUAGACGCGGACGAUUUCGCACGAAUCAGGCAAUUCUGGGCAACCGAUUUCGACGAUCCGGAUGGCUCAAGCAUGCUCGAGAUUCAAGGUGAUUAUUUCGGCGAUUACCCGGACACCGCUAACCUGCCAAAAAAGAGGUCAGGGAUGACCUCGUCGAACCUCCUGGCGAGAAUGAGGAGAAACGUCGAGCAGCUGAAUCCUAGCAACGGAUCUUUCGAGAAAAGGGAGAAGAGAGAGGAAGAUAUCUCUAGAUGCAGCUCCGAGGUUACUACCAUAACCAUAGGAUGUUCUACCGCGGACAGAAUGGAGUUUCAGACGGACUGCGUCGAAGACAACGCGAUCGCGUACUCCUGCCACGGUAGAUGGUUCGACGCGGAGGGCACCCAAUUCGUGAUCGCCACCCAACUGGCACCUGGCACGAGCUGGUCCGGCGAGAACAACAGGCCCCAGCCGUACAGAAACAGUCGAAGAUUGUGCUUCAUGUACAAAGAGAGCGGCGGAGUUGUCAGUUUGACUGCCAGCGAGGUCGCCUGCCAGAGGGGAAUCCCGCCGCCCCCACCUAUGUUGGCCUUCAAUGCUACCAGUACCGGUCAGUGCAUGGAAGAGAACAGGGGCUUUGUUACUCGAUCGACGUACCUGAUGAUCGUCAGCCUGGCGGCGGUCGUCGCGAUAUACAGGUGAUUCUAAUCGAACGGACGACGAUCUCGCGACCGUUAAAACUCAACAUUUGUAAUCUGCGUUACUGGACACCGUGUGGGUGACGAAACGAGGUGGUACACGUGUAUAAAAAAAAAUAUAUAUAUAUAUUAUAUAUUAUACAUAUAUAAUAUACAUAUAUAUAUAUAUUAUAUAUAUAUAAUCGCCUUUGGCGCGAAUCAUCGAACAAGAUCGGUCGAGCGUCUGGGCCAACGAGGAAGAAGAAACUGAAAGAGAAAAUGGCACAAUCGAUACUUUGGCUUCGAACGCUCGUGUCCGUAGCUCUUGCUAGCCUCUCUGAUUCGUCGGGAGAAAUUCGUGCUCGCACGACCAUCAAAAUUUUUUCGCGCAACGAAAGACGAGAAAAGAUAUCGAGGUUCGUCGUAGCUAAGAGUGCCGGUCCCUGAUUCGAUUCGAUAUCAAGGAACGAAAAAUAAAGUCGCCUAUAAUAAAGAGACAAGAGGCAAAACUCUGAUUUCUUCCGUGUGAGAGGUGCUCCUCCAGACCAGAAGGAAAAUCAAGUAGACAAGAAAAGAGGGCGGAACAUCGUUUGGGAAGGAGACGGAUCCGAUCAAGAUGAACGGUUUAGUGACGGAAGGAAGGGAAGAAGGAAGGAAGGAAGGAAGGAAGGAAGGAAAGAAAGAAAGAAGGAAGGAAGGAAGGAAAGGGUACUACUUUUCGAAGGAAAUUUUUUUCUCAACGACGGGAAAGGGAACCGCUUGUUCCUUCGAGAGGAACGGCGUAAGAAGAGUGAGGGGUCGUGAAGAUCGAACGCGAAUUUCCCCUGGCCAGUAGGUUUUUUACCGAUGUAGCUCGUAGGCACUAGCUAAUUAAAAAUCGGGUAAAGAUAACAAAGUAAUUACACAAGUUUUUAUGGUUAGACCAUAUCACGAGCGAGAUCACGGCGCACGAUCGAUCGGAUUGUUUAGCGAAAGGUGACGAGCGAUGAGAACGGGAUCGAUUGCCGGCCCGGAACGAUACCGAAGAGAGAAGAGAGCAACAUCGCGUUUUAGUUAGUAAGACGAUCGACCGGCAGAGGUCGUUAUCAUUUAAGGUAGAAACUACAUAGAGAAUAGCUUUAAUAAGGCGCGAAGGGGAACAGGUUACUCGGCAAAUAUUUUUCACACCGGCUGCUCCUUUCUUUUCACGACCCUACAGAAUACUGUAAGUGGGUGUACCGUGUAUUUUAUAUUACCAGUUCGAAGAAUAGAAGCUGGCACGAAGAAAACAGGAGUGCACCUGUAUCUCGAAACAUCGUGGAUCGUUGUUACUAAAGUGCCAUCGUCGACUUUUCAAUCGUAGCAUAAAUUAAAUUAUACGAUAAAAAAGGACGUGCCAUUUUGAAGUUUAAUUUCACCGAAAAGUACAAUGUUCGAACAGCACGGAAGAUUCUGCAUCCGUUAACAGAUUUUGGGCCAAUCGAGAAAGCUCGCGGCAGAAUUCAAUUACCACACGAAAUAUUAGUAGAUGUAUUAAAGGUUGAUUGCAUUGUAGCUGUUAUAUAAUAGCUACAAAGGGCUAUUAGCCGUGUUAUAGCUGAAUGUAUAGCGUAACUAUUAUAUAAUAGCUGUAAUAGCCGCUAGCUGUAUUAAUAACCGACCGAAGGGGAAAAACAUAUUUCAAAGCUUCCGAGUUAACUGCGUUAUUUUUCUAUUGUACGAUACAAAAAAAGCACGCGUCGCUCGUCCACGAUGUUUAGAGAGCCGGACACGAUGAUCGAUGCUACGAAUUUAUUAUCGUAGCGAAUAUUAUUCGCCGAGUAAAACGUUCGAUCUGUUAGAAUGAACGCGAAGAGUGAAAUGAAAUUGACACCGAUACACGCGCGUAGCGAACAGUGUCAAAAGAUGUUAAUGAAGUAAUUAACGCAAUACAAUCUAUCGUGUAGUAGGAUUAUUUGAUGCGCCAAUGGGCUAAAGAGCGGAGAGGAACGAGAGACACGAGGAAAGAAUCAGGGUCCACCCAGCCGAAAUUUUAUUUUUGUGAAAAAUCUUUGAAUAAUAAAUUAUCUUGCAUCGAAAUAAUCUAUAUCCUGCCCGCUGAUAAUUUAUCGUAUCAAUUGCAUAUUAACCCGAAACUAUUUGCGUAUAACUUUAACGAUCGCAAUGUAUUCUGCAUGGCUAAACAGAAACGUCGUGCCCGAUGAUAAAUUUAAUGCAAAUAUUUCUGGUAUUUCGAGAACAUCACUAUUUCGACGAUUCAAUUAACUUCCAUCGCAUCGGGGCGGUGAACAACGAUAGGCAAUUUCAAAGCGGCGUAAAAUUUAUUUCAUCGCUACUCGCAGAAUAUCGGUGUUCCUCGAACACGCUACAUUUUAAUGUUCCGAACGUUAAUCGAUUUCUAUAAAUGCCAUAAUUUCUUUUCUCAUUAAUUAAGAACAGAGAUCGGGUUACUACACGGAAAUUGGGUUUACUUCGAACAAAGAUUCGUUAAGUUUUACGAACAAUACGAAGGAUCAUUCUCGAGAGGGGAAAAUAUCGGUAGACAAACGGCCGAACGUGUAAAGUGUAAAAUUGUAACUGUGAUGGAUUUUCCGGUCCGUUAUACCGACUCGCAAUCGGGAACGUUCCCCUCUCGUUCGUGCGUUUGCUCCGGAUUAUUCGUUCCUUUCUGGCGACACUGAUUCUUUCUCGUUACGAUCUUGGUCAUGUUUAUUUUUCUUCGUCGAGCGUCGAUGGGUCUCGUGGAAAAAUUCCUGUUGGUAAAAGUUCUAAGGCAGAUAUUCCCGCGGUAGUUUAUCGAUGCAAACGAAGAUCGAGAAGGUGAAACGUGGAAUAUAGCGUGAGACAAAUUGGCCACUUGUUCGACCCCUAUCACGUCGAGGGGGAAAAAGAAGAAGUCGAUCGGAUAUUUUAUUAAAGAACUGGAAACUCCGAGAGCUAUAUAUAUAUCGUAGCGUAACGUUGAUCUUGCGAAUCAAAAUGAAAUUUAGCAUGACAAAUGUCGAGAGAAUGGGAAUAUGGUGCGCGAUUAUCGAAUUGGUCCGCGUUCACGAUUCUCGAUCGCGCGUAAACAUCGCAAACGAUAUGAUUUCCGGUAUGCCGGGAGGAUUUCGAGGAACGGCCGGGUUUAUUUAAAAGUCUGCGGACGAAGGAAUUUUUCCAAGAACUCGACAGCGCCCGCGUUAACCUAAGCAAUAAGCAAUAAAGUCACGCAACGGCUCGAUCAUGUAGACAAAAGAUGUUGCGUUUCACGAGGAAACUGUACCAUCACGUUAUGCCAGAGAUCUUCUAUUAUAUUGGUUUGUCCAAUCGGAUUUUCGCGACAGCGACCGAAAACGGAGAGAAAAGGGAGACGCAAGUGGAUACGGACCGAUCGAUCGCGAGGUAGGACGCUACGAUAUUAUUGUAACUAAUAUAGAGUCUAUAUUAUAUUAUUGUACAAGCAUCUUUGUAAUAAUUAACCCGAACCGAGUGACGAGAGCAAACGAAAAGGGAAAUACGAGCAAUGAGUCACGAUAGAAGAGUACGCAACAAUAGAAAACAGACACAAAACAAAGCGAGAAAAAAGUUAAAAAAGAAGCAAAAAAAAAAAGAAGAAGAUAAGAAAGAAAGAAGGUGAAUAGAGAGAGAGAGAGAAUGAAACAUAAGAAAAGCCAAUCGCUAUUUUACCACUUUUCCAAUCGCGGUACACGUAGUUUUCACGCCGUUAAAUUUCUCUUCGUGCUCAUUUUUGCGACGCGGACGAGGACGAGCCUCUGAUCCCUGAAAAUUUCGCGUCUGUAAAUAUAUCUGUGGUCACGCGGACUCCACUAUCCUAAAUGCAUGUCUCGUUUUUUAUCGGCAUUUUUCGUUUAGUUGCACCUUGUCGAGAGAUCUACUCCCCUGAUCUCGAGAUGAAACAUAGGUAUUUCGGAAUAUAUCGUACAUGUUGCGUCGCAAAGGCUCGGCGCCGUACGAAAAAACGUUCUUUUAUAUAUGAACAGAGUAGUACGUAACUAUAUAGAGGAAAAAGAGGGCUGUCGACGUGCUUUUUCGUCGGGAAAAAAAAUAUCGAAGCGUGGAAAAAAUGCCCGCGCGACAUGCGGAAAAAUGCGGUGGAUCAAAGGCUCCUUCUCUCAGAGGCGUUCAUUUAAUCGAGUGAAAGACGCUCUCCUUUUCAGGGUUCUCGGAAGAGAAAGAUCGAUCGACUUUCGUUAGGCUUCUCGGCAAGUACCUUCUUGACAAGUUACUUACCGUCGUUGCGCACAGAAAAUCGCGGAUUAGCGAGCCACGAGGCGUUUUUCUUUCUUUUUUUUUUUUUUUGUUUUUCUUUUUUCUGUUUCGUUCACUCUAUUUUACACGUUUUUGUUCGUUUCCUCACCGGACGAGUAGAAUACUUAGUGGUUUAGGACUUUUAACGAUUAGCACCUUAGAUGCCAUACUGUACCUAAGAAGAUGCAACGUAUUUAGCAUAACCUUAAGGUGAAAAACAUAGCGAUUAAGGAUUACUCUAGCUUCAUAGGGGUAAUAAGCUCAUUGUGACAGCAAUCAGAGGUGCCCCGCGGUCGAAGCGCGAACAAAACAACCUUUUUCUUUCCCCGAGCACGUUUUUCGAUCAGCCAUCUCGCGUCUGUCGCGCGUGCACUUCUUGCGAACAGUCUCGAAUGCCAAUUCUGUCUGGAGCGUGCGUAAAAGAUGUUUCAAAUCGAUAAGAACGAGCCACAAAAAGAGAGAGAAGCGAGCAGGGGCGCGGCAAGGAUUUCUAUUAAUCUAAGGAAGCGUCGGUUACUGGAAUCGCUCGGCUACCGGGUCCGCAUAAAUAUCCGAAUUUUCGACAGCUCGAGUUUAGACUACUUCCGUUCCACGCGAAUAUUUGAAUUACGGUUAUCGUGCUGAAAGUCAAAUAUUACUCUCGACGGCGAAAUAUCGGGACGGCGACGGUAGAUUCGGGUAGCUCGACGAUCGAAAUUCUACAAGUUGGAGCCAGCGAGCGGGUUGCCGCGUCCUGCCGCGCAUCAUCCAUUCAACGAUCGAUCGGAAUUACACGAAUUCGCUGUUAGGACAAAACCGCGGACAUUCGAUAAGAAAACGAAAAGGUGGAAGAUUCGGCAAAUCGUUGAAUCGAUAGCGAUAGAUAGUGGCGCUUAUCGGCGGGUUGGAGGGACGUAUUCGCGAAUAAUAGUUAGAAGUUUGUUAUUAUUUUCGAUUUGCCCGACACAAACAACGCCGAGGGAUUUGAUAAUUAUCAGAGCAUCCUCAAACAUCGUUACUGACCGACCGCCUAGGUUCGCGCCACCCGGCCUCUCGUCAAACAUGCGCUCCGCUUAAUGAGAUUGAUGCAAUCGGCCGAUGCAUUUAAUCCGGUUAAUUUACAUUGGGUCCUAAUAUCGCACGCGAAUAUUCCGCUAAUGCAGUCGGUAAUGAGAAACAGAAAAUUGCUUGCACAAACUGCUCCCUUUCCCAUCCCCCUGAAUGCGCGUACGCGAACAAGCGGCUGUGAGCGCACGUGUACCAUCGCCAGCUUCACGCGUACUCUCCACGUUUUUCGACUCAUCCGGAAUCAUCAUCAUCAUCAUCAUCAUCAUCAUCAUCAUCAUCAUCGUCAUCUUUUCCAUUAAAAUUUUCAACGCAGCAUCGCGAAUUAAUUUAACUUGACGAUAGGGAAGGGGCACUGAUCGAGGGGACUCGAGGGGAACGAUUCGAAAAGCGAUGAAAUUUAAAGCGCGGAUAACGAGAGUAAACGAACGGUAUAAUUUUCUUACGCGUUCAUUUUCGAGGUCGACCGCUUUGACGCGCCAACGUGCCCCACUGUCUGCGAACAAAAAAGUUUAAUUACGGUGGAAAAAAAAACCGACGGGUAGGACGGGAGAACGAAAUUAGUCGGUCGAGAGAGGAAGAAAAGGAAGAGGAAAGGAAGUGGCGAGCAAAACUACGGGAUAAAGAUGAGCUGGCUGUCGAGGGAAUCCAGGGGAAAAGCAACGUCAUAGUCAGAAACAGGACACGUUUACGCGGCCUGGAUGUCGGUUAACGAUUUUAUGGAAACACGUCUAAUGGGAUUAUCGGAUUACUUCCGCGUCGGUACGGGUGCUCUACCGCAGUUUAUUAUUCUCACACAGUGGAUUAUACGCUCAUUCUUGAAUCUUCUUCUAUAGAUGGUAUAAAGCCGGACCUGGUAGCGGCGUGUCUUUCAGGAAUGCAGGCACGUUCGCAGACAUUUGCCGGCGCGCGAAACGGUCUUCUAUUCUAAAUUAGCACAGAGUUCGAACGUUUCGCGGCAUAAUCCAGCGAGAAACGUGAUUUCUUGUUGGCCGAGGCGGCGUGAUUUUCCGAGAUUUCUAACGUCCUUUGAUUCUCCUAGUUCGACACGUGCGAUUUUAUUAAAUGGCGAUUUAACGAGCUCUCCGCUACGUAAUCUCGAGCGUGUGUUUUUGUACGAUCGGCGUUCAAUUCGGUCGAGCUUCAGCCCCUUAUCGUUGUUAGAGCAAUAGGCAACCCUUAAUGAUGCCGCGUGACGCACCCGGGCCGAUUCGAAACCGUCGCUCAAAGAUUAGAAAGGCAUCGCGUGCCAUAUGGGGACGAGCGAGCACCCCUGGCCGAAGCUUCUCUCCGCGUACGCUCCAGCGAACCGAGGACGUUUUCAAUCAAGGGACAAUCAUCCCUCGACGAGCAAUCGAACCUUUUUAUCGAAUCAUCGCGGCCCGUCGUUUCCAUCCUUCGAACGAAACGUCAGCGGCCGAUCAUCGAACAACGACGAGAAUACUUUUUCGCGGCGAGGGUACAUAUGGAGCAAUAUAAGAGUGAGAGUGUGCGUUCACGAGAAACAGAGAGGGAGAGAAAGCGAUCGAGAGCGAGAGAGCGGGAGAGAGUGAGAAGACUACCGAUUCAACUACGUUAUAAAGGACAAAGUCCGAGGGUAGACGGAAGAAUACCUGGACGAAGGAGGCAAUAUUUUAUAAUACAGACAAAGCAUACCGCUUCAGAGUUUCUAAUACUUUGUUACUUUAAUUUUCAAUAAAUAAUUAUUAUCGGUGUUACAAUAACUUCAGCCUAUACGAUCAAUUCUUUGAAUUCCUCACGCGACAAACGAUUGAUACACGUCUCUUGAGUAAUCGCAUCGAUUACUUCUUUUCUUCGUUCUUCGUCGAAACAGUUGACCCACUCGAACGUUCGCCCUUUUACCGAGAAGCUACAAUCGAGCGUAACCAGGCCCAUGCCGGCAGUCCUUGUUAUGUAUGUUUGCGCACACUUUAAGACACGCAUGUACAUAGAUAUACAUACAUAUAUGAUCGCAUACCGUGUGUAUAAUUUUUGGUCUCGUGGGAAGUGCCGGGUGCGCGACGCGUUGCGUGUUUAGCGAACGAUGGAACCGCGGGGCAAUGACGAGACGAAAGAGAAAGAGGAAAACCUGUAUGCGAUUCGAUUUUAAAUUAGAGGAUCGAUCCUUGCUUGAUCGACGACCCGGGGACGGUAGGUGCAUCGUCAACCUUUUAAUAUAUCUCGGAUUUACAUUUAAAUUAACGGUGAAAUUCGUAGAUCGAAGUUUCGUACGAACUUUUACAACAAUUACAUAUUUAAAUUGCAAAUAUUUGAAAAAUUCUAAAACGGUCGAUCCGGUUGGUUAAUCGGAUGGAAGAUGGCGAGUACACGCGUAAGCAAUCUGUAGACGAAACGAGGAGGAGCGCAAUCACUCUCGCAAAGUGUGAUUCAUGAACCGUUCGUUUCUGUGCACCAGGUCACGGUCAGCAACCAAUGAAAAAGAUGAUUCUCCUUAUUUAGUGGGGCAAGCGAUCAAGGACAUUGCUGGCGGCAGUUUUACGCCGGCAGCCGAGCGAAUGAUUUUCCAACAUACCGCGUAAAAAUAGCGGCCUCUGAGAAAAAUAUACAUCGCUGGAACAGUUAAUAGAAUGUCGAUUCUCUGGCUGACACGUGUCGGAUGUGAUCGGGGAUAAAAGCUGCCAGGACAACGGACGAAUGGAGUCGAUAAAGCGACAGCAGUUCGCGAACGUUCACCCGUGCAAACAGCGUUUCUCUUAUUUAUUUAUUACGAUUUUCUGCUGCAUGGAAACAACCAAUCUACCCAGUUCGUAUUGGUAACUCAUGUACAUCGAACGCAAAGACAAAGAAUUACGUAAGUUCACGUUCGAUUAUCUGUUCUUGUCGUAACCGUGAUAGUGUAGCUAUUUUAGCGCAAUCGUCGUGAUUUUGCGAAAUCAGAAAUGAACUUGAUGCGGCUUAUUGGACGUUACACGCUCCAAGUAGCGAUACUGGCGUGCCAUUUCAACCCAAAUUUAUCAACUCGAAAUCGUUCGAUGGACCGGAAAUGGAUUAAGAGGAUCGAGGAUUUUUCGCGCGGUUGCUUGAUGUUCGAUGCGUCGCGAGUUGCGCACUUAUAGCGAUUUCGCAAUUUCGUCACCUACGACGCGUGCGAUUCAACGAUGAACACGAACCAUCGAUCAUUAGCUGCGCGAGGUUUAAUUGCGUCGAACGAUUCAAUUUGACGAGUCGAGCGUAGAAUAGACGGAUCGAGACGGCCGAUCGGAAUUUAGUUUUGACCACCCUCCUCGAUUCUAACUUUCCGACGCACCGCGCGUUGCAAAUUGUACAAUGUGCAAUCACGUCGAAUCGACGAAGCGACACGGCUCGAUCUAAUCGAGCACUAUCGUUAAAGAUCGUCACGCGAUCUCGUCCUCCUCCCAGUGGUAAUUCGUAGGAUGUCCAGCUCCGCUAUCGGCGUCGAAGAAAAACGGAAAGUAGACGAGCGAGAAAUCGCUGUUUCUAUAUUUGCGAGAUCUAUUCACCAAGUUCAACGAGAAUUCGGAUCGUGCUCCGAUCGUCCCCAGUGUCGUUCCGCAGCAAAAAAAAAAAAAAAAAAUAA